CAUCCAGAAGAAGCUGCUUACUUCACCUGCACAAACAUGGCUCCCUGCUCCACCAACUACUCCUCUGUUCACCACCUCAGGAUCUCUGAGAAAGACAGCAUCAAAUUGAGAAAACCUAUUGUGGAGAAAAUGCGCAGAGAUCGCAUCAACAGCUGCAUCGAGCAGCUCAAGAUCAUCCUGGAGAAGGAGUUCCACAAGCAGGAGCCCAACUCCAAGCUGGAGAAAGCCGACAUCCUGGAGAUGACCGUGAGCUUCCUGAGGCAGCAGCUACAGCCAGGCCUCGACUACAGCCAAGGCUACUCUCACUGCUGGAGAGACUCUGUGCACUUCCUCUCUGCUGGCUCCAGCACAGAAGCCUCUGUCUCUCCUCUGCAAGGCCUCCAGCAGCAGGAGCAGCAGCUCCAUCAGGCCCAGAGAGCCAGCAGUUCCUCCCCAGUCUGCUCCACCCUCAGGCCCACCACGCUGCUGGACAGCAGCAGCAGAGGCCCCGUGUGGAGGCCUUGGUAGAGACUCUGUCACACAGACACUGACACCUGAGGGAAUCUACUCUCUCCCUCACUAUGUAGGAAAUAUGUUUCCAGCCUGCUCG